GACGAAAAAGCCCCAAUAUCAGAGGUCUCUGAACUGUCAAUAAUCCCAGAAGUAGAAGAAUGUGCUCCAUACUUCACUAAGGAACUUGAAACAAAGUUAAUUGCUGUAGAAGGAGACUCUGCAGCAAUUCUUCAGUGUGCAGUUGCUGGCAUACCUAGACCCCAGGUUACAUGGUAUGUUGAUAACAUUGAAAUUAUAGAUGUGCCAGAAUAUAUUGUCAAACAUACAGAGGAAGGCAUUUGUGAAUUACAUAUUCAAGAAUGUAUACCAGAAGAUGAAGGUUUUUACACAUGCAAAGCAGUUAACCAUCUGGGUGAAGUUACAUGUACAGCACAACUCCUGGUUGAAGGAUACCUAAGGCACUAUGUAGCAAACAUGUUUUACAAGAAAAAGUGUUACAUAAAGGAUGAAGUAUUGGUGAAAGAAAAAGAACGUGAAAAAGAAUAUUCCAUUGAACCAAGUUUUCUUACAUCAGGUCAAGGUAUGGAUGGCAGUCAUCCAUCAAUCUCACAAGAGCUGACAAGAGCAGGUGAUUUCAAAUAUGGAAAUCACAUAGAAGACAUAUGCAACUCACUGAGGAUGUUCAGUCAUCACAUGAUUCCCCAUGAGAAGGUAAUCACAGAUGAGCAGAUUGUUCAACUUAUGAGUAAAAGAAUUAGUUGGAGAAACAAACAGCAUCUAAUAACUACAGUUAAAAUGUUAUUACCUGAAUACAUUGGCAAAAUAUUUGCUCAUGUUUUAAUUGCAGUACAAGAUGAACAGGAUGUUUUACAGGAAAUUCAUGAAGUAUAUACUGAUGAUAUUGUCAGUAGUUUAUCAGCUGAAUGCAAGAAUUUAAACUUAAAAUAUGAUAUUAUAAGAUACUACUUAUAUUUCAACUCUAUCACUGUGUCAUUUUUAAUUCAUUUGCUAUGUAAUGCACCAAGACUUGAGGAACUUGAGUUAGUAUAUUGUAAUAUAACAGGUGUUACUCUGAACGAGAUUGCUGAUACAUUGCUUAGGGAAAGGAUUGUGUUGAAAUUAAUACAUCUUGAUAUCAGCGUCAAUAACCUCAGUGAUAUAAAAUGUUCCUCACUUGCCUCUUUGUUGGCUGUAACUCCUAACCUGAGUGUUCUUGAAAUGAGACAAUGCAGUCUGUCAGGUGCUAUAAUGGAUGACAUAGUUAUAGAGUGUUCUAAUAGAGGAAUUAUGUUGGAAUUGACACAUUUUAAUAUCAGUAUAAAUAACCUCAAAGAAAUCAAAGGUUCCUCACUUGCGACUUUGCUGGCUGUAGCUCCUAAACUGAAUUGUUUUUACAUAAGUAAUUGCAGUCUGCCAGGUGCUGUUAUUGAUGAUAUGGUUAAAGAGUGUUCUAGUAGAGGAGUUGUGUUGGAAUUAACAGAUCUUAAUAUCAGUGUAAAUAAUUUCAACAAAAUCAAAGGUUCCUCACUUGCCACUUUGGUAGUUGUUCUAGCCUCUAAGCUGAAUUAUCUUUACAUGAGUAAUUGCUGUCUGUCAUGUGUUAUUAUGAAUGAUAUAGUCAAAGAGUGUUCUAGUAGGGGAGUUGUGUUGGAAUUAACAUGUCUUGUUAUCAGUGAAAAUAACCUUAAAGACAUAAAAGGUUCCUCACUUGCCGCUUUGCUGGCCCUAGCUCCUAAAUUGAAUUAUCUUGACAUGAGAAAAUGCGGUCUGUCAGGUGCUAUUAUGGAUGAUAUGGUAAAAGAGAGUUCUAGUAGAGGAGUUGUGUUGGAAUUAACACAUCUUUUUAUUAAUGAAAAUAACCUCAUUGACAUCAAAGGUUCUUCACUUCCCACUUUGCUGGUUAUUGCUCCUAAAUUAAAUUUUCUUGACCUGAACAAUUGCAAUCUGUCAUGUAUUAUAAUGGAUGAUAUUGUAAAAGAGUGUUGUAGUAGGGAAGUUGCGUUAAAAUUAGCAGAUUUUUUAUAUCAGUGACAACGACCUCAAUGGUAUCAAAGGUUCUUAACUUGCCACUUUGCUAAAUUUAGUUAAUAAACUGAAUUAUAUUUUCUUGAGAAGUCUGUCAGGUUGAAGUCUGUCAGGUGCUUAUGAUUGAUGAUAUGGCUAACAAGUGUUCUAGUAGGGAAGUUAAUCGUUAUAUUAAACUCAAUGACAUAUAGUUCUUUUCUUGCCACUUGCUUGUUGUAGUUCUUAAGCUGAGAAGUCUCAAUAUGAGAAAUUGUAGCCUACCCUGUUAUAUUUUGGUAAAAUUAUCAGUAAUUUUCUAGUAAGCAGUUUUGAAUAUUACUUCAAUGUUUUUUGCAGAUUUUUAGAAUAAGUAAAUACAAUCAGGUAGAAUGUUCAGAGGUGUUUGAUAUGUAUUUAAUUUUUAAUGUUUUAAUUAUUUAUAGGCUAUUUUACUUCAACAUGAUUUGAUGUCGCACAUUAUGUCCUGACUUUUGUUUUUUAUUAUAAUUGUUGUUGAGCUGUUUAUUUAGAUUUUUUAUCCUAAAAGUAAAACAAUUCCAGUGUAAUUCUAUAUGGUACUAAGAAAAUUGGUUAAUGUUGAAAGUCAUAUGGUUUCUGUUUAUGUCUUGUUUGUUAAUACAGUAUAUAAUUUUUCAAAUUAAAAGGCAAAUACAAAAUAUUAUGUAGAAAAUUAAUAUAAUGUAAAAAUAUAUAUUACGUAAAUAUUAAAAUUCAUUCAUUCUUCAUUUUAUGUAAUUUCUGUAAUUGUCACAAUAAGAUAGCCAUAUGAUGAUAUAAAAUGCUUAUAUUGUAAAAGAUACAAAUUAUGUUUACAUAACGAUAUACUAUUUUUUUACUACAUCUACUUUAUCUCCAGUACAAUGAUUAAGAUUUAUAUUAUUAUGGUUAUAUUAUAUUAAUAAGAUUAAUUUUUUUUAAUAAUUAUUGUAAAGAUUUUUAAUCAGUAUUUUAGAAUGUUUAAUAUUUUAU